AUGUUCACCAUCACUCCUUUGCUCGGGGCGCAGAGCACGUCUCGAGCCUCGCAGUCAAUCCUUGAGUUGGAUGGCGGCAUCAAAAUCUUGGUGGAUGUGGGAUGGGAUGAACGUUUCGACACUCGCCAGCUCGCCGAGAUCGAAAAACAUGCCUCUACUUUAUCAUUCAUCCUCCUCACGCAUGCCACGACUUCUCAUAUUGGCGCCUAUGCGCACUGCUGCAAACACAUCCCCGUCUUUACCCAGAUCCCCGUCUACGCCACACCACCCGUCAUUGCCUUUGGCCGCACCCUCCUCCAAGACCUCUACUCCUCCUCUCCUCUGGCAGCCACGUUCAUCCCAGGCUCAGGCUCCCCUGAAGAUGCAACUAGCGUUGACGACAAAACCCGCUCACAUAUCCUACGGCAGGCUCCGACAUUUGAAGAGAUUAAUAAAUAUUUCACUUUGAUCACGCCCCUCAAGUACUCACAACCUCACCAACCUACACCUUCCCCGUUUUCCGCGCCGAUCGAGGGUCUCACGUUGACGGCCUAUAAUUCUGGUCACACACUGGGUGGCACAAUAUGGCACAUACAACACGGGAUGGAGUCAAUAGUGUACGCUGUGGAUUGGAAUCAAGCCCGAGAGAAUGUUAUUGCAGGAGCAGCCUGGUUUGGGGGCGUUGGGGGUGCCGAAGUCAUCGAACAAUUGCGCAAGCCUACUGCCCUCGUCUGCAGCAGCAUUGGCGCAACAAGAGCCGCGCUGUCUGGUGGUCGGAAGGCUCGUGAUGAGGCUCUAUUGACGCAUAUCAAGAUCUGUGUUGCUAAGGGUGGUACAGUUCUCAUCCCCACCGAUUCAAGCGCGAGAGUUUUGGAAUUGGCUUGGAUCCUUGAAAAGGCGUGGUCCGAUCCCUCAAAUGCAACCUCUUUGAAAACUGCCAAAGUGUACCUGGCCAGUAGAUCCGGCAAUGCUACGCUUCGGCAUGCCAGAAGCCUGCUUGAAUGGAUGGACGACAGCAUUGUACGAGAAUUUGAGGCCGAGGACGAGAAACAAGCGCCGGCGCAGACGCACAGGAGAGGUGGUGGCAGGCAUGCAGAUGGCACAGACGAACCUUCGCGCCCCUUUGAAUUCAAAAACAUCAAGAUCGUGGAGCGGAGGAGCCAAAUGGAAAAGCUCUUGAAGGCGGAAGGGGCUCGAGUCGUCCUUGCGAGUGAUGUGACAAUGGAUUGGGGCUUUUCGCGCUCACUGUUGGAGCAUGUGGUCCAGAGACCCGAGAAUCUGGUGGUUUUGACCGAACGACUAAACAUGCGUCCUGGGUCACAAAGCCCGAGUCAGAUAUUCUGGACUUGGUAUGAAGACCGUCAGGAUGGCGUUGCUCUCGAGAAAGGCCUCCCGACGGGCGAAUGGCUGGAGCAGGUCCAAAGUGGAGGUAGAACGCUCAAGCUACGAAAUUCAGAAAAAGCACCGUUGAACACGCAAGAAAAUCAAAGAUAUCAACAAUAUAUGGCGACUCAAAGACAGAUUCAAGAUUCUCUUACUUCAGCCAACGAGCGAGAUAAUGCUGGUGCGGACGAUAAUAUCGAUGAUGAAUCGAGCUCAACAUCCUCGGAUGAGUCAGAUGACGAACAACAGGGUCGUGUUCUGAAUGUUUCGGCCGCUCUAGGCCACGGAGCACGGAAUAAGCUGGCACUGAGCGAUGCGGAUCUAGGAGUCAAUAUCCUCGUCCGCAAGAAAGGCGUGUAUGAUUACGAUGUGCGGAACAAGAAGGGACGAAACGGUAUCUUCCCAUAUACGCAUUCACGAAGGCGCGGUGACGAGUUUGGAGACUUUAUCAAACCUGAAGAUUUCUUGAGAGAGGAGGAGAAAGAAGACCAAGACGCGGCAAAUGACACCAAAGCUGGAGGUCAGCUCGGACAGAAGCGUAAGUGGGGCGAGGCAAACGAUACCAGGCAUACACAGCACAAGAGAUCUCGAGGAGCACCCGUGCAAGCAACAUCUGGCGAGUCCGCAGUUGAUUCGGACGCAGAGGAUUCCGAUGAAGACGACCAAGUUGAGCGGGAAGGCUUCCAAGGCCCAGCAAAGGUGGUGUAUUCGACCUCGGAAAUCACGGUCAAUGCCAGGCUGGCCUUUGUCGAUUUUGCUGGAUUACACGAUCAGCGCAGUCUGCAAAUGCUGAUACCUUUGAUUGGACCCAAGAAGUUGAUCCUUGUUGGUGGAAAUACUUCAGACACUGUCGCUCUGGCCACUGAUUGCAAGGAGCUUCUUGGGAUGAGAGUAGUGGGAGCUGGAGACGAAGCGUCCACGGAAAUCUUUACUCCUACAGAAGGCCAAACCGUUGAUGCAAGUGUCGACACAAACGCGUGGGUUGUCAAGCUCAGUCGUAACUUGGCAAAGACGCUCCACUGGCAGAACGUGAAGAAUAUGGGAGUGGUGACUAUCCAGGGUCAGCUCAAGGGCGAGCCCUCAGGAGACAAUCUGCAGGAAGAUCCUCAGACCAAGAAGCAGAAAUUUGACACCGAAGUGUCUCUUGCGGCGGACUUCGCGCCACCGCCUCCUGUCGAACCGGUUCUCGAUGUCCUGCCCGCGAGCGUGGCCGCAUCAACAAGAUCCGUCUCCCAUGCCAUCCACGUCGGCGACCUGCGUCUGGCUGACCUGCGAAGGUUAAUAGCACUGGAUGGUCAUGUUGCUGAAUUCCGAGGUGAGGGCACACUGCUAGUCGACGGCAUGAUAGCCGUACGCAAGCUCGGCACAGGAAGGAUCAUAUUAGAAGGUGUUCCGGUCAAUGGAACUGCCAUGACUCGGAACAAGAUGGAUGAUUUCACGCGUGUGAAGCAGAAAAUCUAUGACGGACUCGCAGUUGUCGCGGCUAGUUGA